UGCCCCAUCAUUGGUGACAGUGGGAGGAAUAGUGCCCCAUCAUUGGUGUCAGUGGGGAGAAUAGUGCCCCAUCAUUGGUGUCAGUGGAGGAGGAACAGUGCCCCAUCGUUGGUGUCAGUGGGGAGGACGAAUAGUGCCCCAUCGUUAGUGUCAGUGGGGGAGAGAAGCGGCUGCUCCUUCUUUCAG